UUUACAAUAAAUAAUAAACAAAAAUAAUUCCUACUUAAAUGAUAAUAAAUAAUGUAUGGUGAAAAAGGAUUUGCUUUAAUAAAAGAAUUAUCUAGAAAUGAAGACAAUUUGCCCCCCUAUAAUACUGAGUUGAUAAAUGCUGUUACUCGGGAAACUCAACAAUUAACUGAUGAAAACAUUGCAGAUGCUCAGAUUUCAGCAAAUGAAACUGGCGAAUCAACGCUAUUAAACACAAUGAGGGUCCGUAAUGCAGCUGUGAAAAGAAAUACUAGGUGCUUAAUGGCAUAUCAUUAUAAUCGUCUCAGAUGUCUCCGAACAAUGAGAUGGGAGUUUGGAAGUAUUCUGCCGGCUGAUAUAAAAACAAAUUUAAAUGCAGAUGAGAUAGAAUGGUUUACAAAAUAUUCCAAAGUGUUGGCUGCGUAUAUGAGGUCUAUUGGAGAGAAUGGAGUCAACCUAGCAGUAGAUUUCAAGCCUCCAAAGGCGUUGUACAUUGAGGUUCAGUGUUUAAUGGAUUACGGAAGAUAUGAACUAAGUGAUGGAACUACAUUACUCUUAAAGAAAGAUACUAGACACUAUUUGCCAAGGAGUGAAUGUGAGGAACUCAUUAGACAAGGAGUUUUUCAACAUGUUGUGUGAUUAUGGUUUUUAAAUAUAUUAUUUGAUUCUU